AUGAUAACGGCGUACAGACGAAACGGAACAACAAUCGCAGCUGCGUCGGUGGUGGCCUCGACACGGACAGCGACCGCAGCGGUGCCCAUGGACUACCAUGCGAUCCAUGGCCAUGAUGUGGCCAACUUCAGCACGCCAUUGACUCAUCGAGUUUUGACCGUGUCGGCUGCCGAGGCCGAGGCCGCUCUACUAAGCCCGUCGCCGGCAUCGCCAACUGCGUCUGAGACUGCACCGUCACCCUUGCGUUUCGUUGUCAGCACGGGUGUCGCAACGUUGGAUGCCAUCCUGGCCGGCAUCGAUCAGCCAACCCAGACUAGUGGAGACAAGCCACACAGCGACGAGCCAGCCAAGGGGGCCGAAGCAGAUGGAGACGCCACACAACGAGAGGCGAGCCCGGAUACAGCAACGACAGGAAGGAACGCAGCAGUAGGUACCGCGGGAGGCGUCCGCCGUGGUCAACUGACAGAAAUAUGGGGGCCACCCGGUGUGGGAAAGACAGCCUUUGGGAUACAACUCGCAGCAAAUGCACUGCGCCAAGGUGGUAGUAGUGUCUGGAUCGCAAAAGACUGCUUCCAGAGUCUCUGCUACGACCGACUUGGCGAUGUCUACGACAGCCGAUGUAGCGGGGUCGACGGUGCCAAAGGCCUGGAAGAUGGUUUUGUGCAUUUUGUCUGCCCGAGUUUACCACACUUCAUUGCGAUGCUGUGUCCCCAACCACCAGCGCAACCGCCAUGCAUUCCAGCGGACACGACGCUGCUCGUCAUCGACAGCUUGUCUGCUCUCGUCAACUCGGCACUUCCAAGGGCCGUUGAGGGGAAGGGACCACCGCUUAUGGCAAAUGGGAAGAAAGCCCCCAGUCCGUACGACAAACGGGCUCAGGUUCUCCAGUGCGUGGCGGCGGCACUGGAACGGCUCGCCGAGACACGCAACAUUGCCGUUGUUGUUCUCACCCAGUGUGCCAGUCGCGUACAGACGGAGCGCGGUGCCGCACUCGCCCCGGCCCUUAAUGGUGUGGCUUGGGACCGCGGCAUCACAACGCGCCUGGUCUUGUUUCGGGAUUGGGCCUGGAAAGACAACCGGCCUGUUGGUGGGCGCUUUGCCGGGGUCCAGAAGCUCAAUGGAUACGAGAGCGACACGGGUAUCGACAGCAUAGUCGGAUUUGAUGUUACAGAGGUCGGCCUCGUUGAGGAACACUACACAGCCGUCCCGCCACGGUCGUCCAUCUACAAACGGAAACUCGGAGAGACGGAGCUUGUCCCUCGGGGCGGUGAUGACGAUGACUAUGGCUGGGACGACGAGGACGAGGAUAACCUGCCCAGCAUGCCACCACAGUGGCAGGGCAGUGAGGACAUCCUCCUUGGUCAUCGGCGUUACGAUGAUGAUGAGGAAGAGGCAGAUGAGGACGAAUAUGAGGAAGCCGACAAGGAUGAUGCUGGCGGUACGGAGACCGCUGCUAUUGAGGGGGGCAGGCCAGAAUCGAAGGACGGUACAAGCCCGCGAAUACAGCUGGCCGGGACAAUAAGGUCACCUCGGAGCAUCGCAGACAGUGAAGACGAUUCCGAUUUCUAA